AUGUCCCUGACCUCCGGAAGCUUGUCCUUUAGUGCGCAACACAGCCUCCCAGCUGACCAACCCACCCUGGUCCGCUGCUUGUACCCCUCGAGUUUGGCUGGCGCUUCCAAAACCACCCUCCACGCCCUCUUCGAUAUACUCAGCCACCAUGAGACCUACAGAGAAGUGAGGAGCUUUAGGGAACCAGAGACUAUUUCCCAUUAUGGGCAUCCCUUUACCCUUCGCAACACUAAGGCUAGUUGGACAGCCUCCCAUGCUACCGACUCAUCGGCACCAUUGUUUGCUGGCGUAUUUCGAAGUAUAGUCCUCACGAUUCCAGGCAUUCGUGACCUCCCGGGAGAAUUCUGGAAUGUCAGGUUACAGGGAAUCUUGGAGAAGUUUGCUGAAGUAGGCUUGUCUGAAAGCUACGACAAAUGUACUGUGAGUACCAGGAAGACUUUGGCCACCGCAGCGUCGGCAAUCCAUGGGGUCGUUUCAAGAGGGGUCCUCGGAGGGGUCGCCAAAGGGCCUCGAAGAGAUCUCCAUGGACACUAUGAGAGGUCAAAGGCCGAGGACCUGGAAAAGGCAUGGGAGGAUGUUGUCCAUGAGCUCCUCUACGGCGAUCUCAUCGAUGAAUUGUUUGCUUUCGCGACAGAAACGGAAAACCUCGAAGAACACUCGCCUGCUGUUCAUGCGGCUGCCGACUAUAUCAUCCUUCAUCUGGCAAGCUUGAUUCACCACGUCGUGGUCCUGUCCCCUGAUGGACCUUACAUCAUACGGUUGCUUGAGGGUGUCCACAAAUUACUCCCCUACACCAUGAUCAAAAAGAUCUUACGCAUUGGAAAUGCAGCCACCAUGGUUCAAGGCAUGAUGCGUCUACUGCUGGCAAAAGUAAGCGUGGGUGCACUAUCAAACUGGGUCGGCUUAACGCAGAAUGCCAAAGACGGCAUGAACUUACUUCAAAGCUUUGAUCAUCGCAAAAUUACCGAACGUAUUGAAAAGGAGACAGGGGGUGAUUCUCCCCCCCAAGAGUGCCUCGACGCGCUCAAACGCUAUGCUGCAAGACCGAGAGAAGAGCACGAAUUCAUUCGCAACCUGAGUAUGGAGAACUCAACUUCCAUGGUUGCGACAAUCCUCGGAUUUACCAAUCCGGACUUCCUGUCCGCGUUAUCAGAAGCCCAGCAUUCACGGUGUCAUCAGUAUUUCGCAGAACUGAUUAUUACAAGAGACCUGGAAGAGAUCAUCAACAUCUUAUGCCGACAGACUCCAGACCUCUUUACACAAGCUCUCAAGGACAUAGUGGCUACUUUCGACCCUAUUAUCCGCGAGGUUCACGAGCAUAUCGAUCUCCGCGAAUAUGUCUCAGCUACUGAAAGCUUCCUGACGGACUUCAUCAAUCUCAGCAAAGGCACACCAGCUACUUCAAGUCGCUUAAGCUCAUUCGCAGCCGCCUUCCGCAAGUCUGACACAGUAAAAGCACGGACACCUUCAGUCGAAGACUACGUUGACCUUUUAAGGAGGAACAAGCAUAUAAUCUACCGCUGGGUUCACCAAGUUGCUGCUCGUUGUCCGACUAUCCGUGACGAGUUUCAUGCUUGGGCAAAGGAAUCAGCGAAGGUAUUCCAGCGGGCGACAAAGGAAGCUUCUUCCUCGCCUAUAAACCCUGAAAAUGAACAUGAGGGAGCUGGUGCUUUGAGCAACGGCCUUCAAAACUUGUGGUUAUCACUUCCCCCGGACACUCGCAGUAACAUCCUACCCUCUAUCGACGCUCACGCAAAGUACCUCGCAGAGCUUAAACAACUUUCCCGUGCCCGCAUGCAACGCAUUCUCGAUAACAUCCAUUCAAUAUCUCCCACUCCAUCACCGGUCAACUCCCAGUUCUCGGCAACUGUGUCGUGCUCCCACCCUUCCUUGUCCGAAUCUCCUCAAACCUCCACGCCCCUCUCCGGCUCACCCUGCGACACGUCCACAAGCUACACAUCAUCCCAUACUUUUCCUGUCUCGCGAUCCAACAGCCCUCUCCGCCUUACCUCAACAGGAUCCCACACCGGACCAGGGAUGUACCUUUCCCGUUGGGAGAACCUGCUUAACACCACGCCCAUCGGGCCCGCAACGGCGAGGGGCCCAAUCAGGAGCGGCAGGGAGGUCAGACCGAAGCCAGUGGUUGGAGAUGUUUGGGAGAUGGCGGGGGAGCCGAAACCGCCGGAUGUGGAAAAGGUUGUUGUGGCAUUGGAAGAGGGUUUCAGACGGCUGGUCGGGAGCAAGAUGAAGGGCAGGGGAGAUUUGGGGUUAAAAACAUAG